AUUUAAUGUAAUAUAUAUAGUACUUAGUAGAAUAAUAAUGAUGACUCCCCAUCAGUGAUUCCAUUUAUUAUUUUAAUAGUAUAUUAAAAUGUUCGCGACUAGAAGCGAGUACGAUAGAGGUGUUAAUACCUUUUCGCCGGAGGGGCGACUGUUUCAAGUGGAAUACGCACUUGGAGCCAUGAAACUAGGUAGUACAGCCAUAGCAGUUGCAACGAAGGAAGGAGUAAUUUUUGCCUCAGAAAGAAGGUCAAAUUCGCCCCUUUUAGAAUUUGUUUCCUUGGAAAAAAUAAUGGAAAUUGACGACCACAUCGCCUGUGCCAUGAGCGGCCUAAUCGCAGACGCCAAGACUCUUGUAGACCACGCCAGGUCAGAAUGUGUUAACCACACAUUUGUAUAUAAUGAACGCAUGGGUAUUAGAUCAUGCGUUGAGUCCAUCGCUGACCUCGCCUUAGAAUUCUCAGAUGUGUUUGACACUAAGAAGAAGAAGACUAUGAGUAGGCCAUUUGGAGUGGCUUUGUUGGUGGGUGGUAUUGAUGUCGAAGGCCCAGUUAUCUGGUGUGUUGAUCCUUCUGGGACCAUCAUUAAGUAUAAAGCUGCAGCUAUUGGCUCAGCUCAAGAAGGAGCAGAGUCCAUCCUCUUACAAAAAUAUGAUGAAAAUAUGGAAUUUUCAGAUGCGGAGGUCCUUGUACUUGAGAUUCUACGACAGGUUAUGGAGGAAAAAAUGAGCCCAAAGAAUGUGGAGAUGGCCAGAAUCAGAGUAGAUGAUGUUAAAUACAGAGAAUAUGACGAAGAGGCACUUGAAAAGCUUAUUUCAAGCCUGCCGGAGCUGCCAGAAAACCUAGGUGCAGAGUAGACGCAAAUUCUCCGAGACACAUUUUUGAUAAAAAAUAAUCUUUCCUGUUUUUU